UAUGAAUCAAUAUUUUUGACUAGACGUUAUAAAGUAUCAACCAAUCAGCGAAUCCCUGAUAAAGACAACGAGCAUGUAUGCAUCCUUUUUUACUUUGGGCCAUUCCCCGCCGAAUUGCCCGAUGCACAUCGAAAUUGUCGAUACCAUCUCUUAUGAGUUUUAAAUGUCUAUGGAUGCAUCUCCUCCCACCAUGUAGUCCUGGAGUACUGGUCCCUUUAAAAUUUGAAUCGCUGUCGGUUUGUCGGUUACAAGGUUCAUCGUAAUGUCGCAAAUCGUAUGCGACGAAAGACGAGAGACGAGAGAGGAGAAACGAGAAACGAGAGAGGUAGAUAGGUAUUUGCGUUUGCGCGUUGGUGCGCGCGAGUAGUGUGAGUGCGCGUCUGUGUGUUGAGCAAUUUCACAUAAAUUACUCGGAAUCGCGACAAGUUGCAACCUGUUGAACGUCGCAUUGAAUCCAGCGGAAAGCGGAGUUGAACGAGGAUCAGUGACGCGAGGGCAAAUACAUCAGACUUAACGAUGUCGGAUACGAGCGGGGAAAACGCCAAGUACAAGUGGACACCCGAGAGCAGUGCGCUUCUCGUCUCGGUGUGGUCCGAUCGGCAGGUGCAGAAGCAGCUCGAAUAUGCUCCCCGGCCACAGAUAAUCUGGGAAAGCGUAGCGCGUUACAUGAAGAAGAAGGGCUACAACGUCACGGGCAAGCAGUGUCGAUCGCGCAUGAAGCAGGUCCUUGUGUGCUAUCGUGAGGCCAAGCGAGCGGGCACUCGUGCUGGUGUGGAACAGUACUAUGAAACCAUUGAUAGGGUGCUGAAGAAUAAGCGAUUGGACCAGGCCAAUAUCAAUGUUGGUGUGGACACAGUAGAUGCAACUGCCAAUUAUGUGAAAUCACCGCCAAAGGAUGUGAAGACCAACAAGAAUCUGCAGAUGAGACUAAAAGUUCAGCAGCCUGUGCAAUCUCUUUUUCGAACGGAAGCUCUGUCCCCUACAUGGACAAUAGGAUGUGAAAAUGAUUAUCCAGAUUCACCCGAAUCGAAUGAGACCAUAAUAGCCAAGCCAUAUAGAAUGUUCUCUCCUACAAGAGACGUUGCUAUAAAUACCGGUGAACAUUUAGUUCAAAUUGGCAAUCGGGCCAUACAGACAAAUCCAAUGGAGAAACCGAUGCGAGAGAACUAUCAGCCAAACUUACUGGCUCCUCAUCCAUAUGGAGAGAUUCCAUAUCAAAACACGGUGCAAAAUGUACAAAAUCAGAUUAUUCAAGAAAACAUGCAGCAAUAUCAAAAUAAUCAGCAGCAAAAUUGUGUCGGAUGGAAUCAUUUGCCGCAACGGAAUGUGCUGGCGAACGAUCAGUUCGGUUACCAGCACAAUGUGAACCAACAAUCCUUGCCGAAUAGAAUAACACAGAGUAACGUAAUGCAUAAUUUUAAUGCGGAGAAUAUUGCACGCCAACAAAAUCAGCUGCAGCAAAGAGCGUUAUACGCCGAUAACCGGGCAAUGCCGCAGGAACCGUGUAAAGUCGCUUAUGGACAGAACUUGGCCUACAGAUAUCAAGACACUCACCUAGUUUGCACAGCGAAUGCCGUUCAGCAAAACGGAUCGCCGGACUACUCGCCGGAUGUGUCGCAGAAUUUGAAUGAUGGUUUCUGUUUGUCGAAGAGCGAUGAGAAGACACAUAAUUUGAACGAAACGUAUAACCGACCCGUUAAUCUGGACAAUCCCAAUGCAGUGGACGCAACUGUGAUGACGAAUAACGCGACCUGUAACGACGAUAGUAUGUUGUUGGAAUUUUUGUUGAACUCGCCCGAUCCGUCGGAGAAUGGUGGAAAGUCGCGGGACAGCGCCGUGAAUACCGAUGAAAUACCAAAUGCACCGUUCAGAAAGAAGAAGGCGCAAAAAUUAGAACAGCUCGUGCUUAACGCGAUUAAUUCUCAAAAUGAAGUCGUUAAUAAGAUCUUAGCCGUGCAAAACGAUAUGGUGACACGAUUUCUCGAUGUGGACAGAGAUCGGCAGAACAGGCUCGAGAACAGAUUGGAUCAUUUAUUAAAUGUCGUCCAUGCUACGGUACUUAAUAAGAAUGAAAUGUCUUCGCCGCCGCCGCCGCCACAAUCACUGCCGGAACCUACGAUCACCUCUUUGCUUCCGCCACCAAAGCCCGGAAUGGUCCCGCCCAAGUUGGACUUAGUUCCGCCGAAGCCUUGUCGCGUUCCUUGCACGAUACCGAGUUCAAAUAUCGAGCUAGUCAAUCAGAAUCCUAUUUUGACUAGACCCGGUAUAGUAUCGCCAAUCGCUGUCAGUCCAGCAGGCAGAAAAGUCGGCACAAUAUGGUCAAAAUUGGGCCCGGUGUCCACGUCGCCGUUUGUGAAAGCUCAACAACGGCUCGGUUUUCAGCUUAUCAAUAAUAAUGAUGCUCGUACGCAAUCAUCAGCGGAAAGACGCAUCGCUAGAGAAACGGGCAGACUGCAUAUGAAUACACGAAGUUUGAUAUGUGAGACGGCUAAGUUAUUGGAGAUGGAACGCGAACUCGAGGCGAGAAUAGAGAACGCACGGUUGGAAAUGAAUAUGGGUCAAAUCUUAACUGCACGCAGGAAGCUAUUCACACAGCGAGAACCCACUCCCAUUAUGAUACUCACCGCAGCUUUCUUAGACACCGAGUGUCGUGUCUGCGAACAAGAUCCGCCUUAUUGCGGCACCUGGGAAUCAUGGAAGAAGAUGUUCAAGUAUACGCAAAGGGAUAAUCUUGUAGCUGGACAAGGCGAAAGCUACGAGUGUAUGCGUCAGUUAGACGUGGCAACUCGACACGAUUAUCCGGGCUGCGAACCGUGCGAUACAUCGACUCCGGCGAAAUUACCGUUCAAUAAUAUCAUCAAUAAUGAAGCCGCAGUCCCAAAGCAGACUAUCCAACAAUUGGCGCGACUCGUGAUGAAUAGCGCGAGAUGGCGAGAUUCCGCUCCGCAAAGCCAGCAGCACAACACGGUUCUUCCUGCAGCUGCAACUCGACCGAUAAAUCAAAACGCUGCCGACAUCGAGUACAAUGCGACUUUCACUGUUCCAAAGGCGAAUGCACCUCCAUCAGAUCCCGAAGAACGAGGAUUCAUCAAGAGUUAUGGCGAUGUGGCGCAACAGAAACAAGGUAAUCAUAAUGAAGCAGCAUCUGAUGGCAGGCUACUGAAAAAUGAUUUAUGUAGCCAAUCCAAAUUUCCAAUGGGCUUUACCACCACUAUGUUAACCGUUAAUGAUCAAAAAGGCGCCACUUUACCAAGACAAACGAACGGCAGAGCGGUUAAAUCGUUAGCGUUCGGUGAGAAUCCAGUAGUCGAUCGCAAAAACAACGUUCGCUUUAUGGACGAAGCGCUGGCCGAAUUACAACGAAUGUAUAUCGAACGUCAGGGCGCUCAAAAACCCGAAGUACUAUUGCCCUUCAUAGUAGGCGAUAAUAAUGACGCGAUGAGCGUACAGAAUCUCAAUAUGAUAGAGCGUUACGUGAGCGAUUUGAAGAAGUCGAUCAAGAACAAGGACACAGAUUCAGACAAUGAUGAUGAGUUUCUCGACACUACUACUAGCAUGCAUCCGACAUGCGUAGCACGCAAAGGCUCGCUGACAUCAAACGGCACAGCAUCCACGGAGACGGCAAACUCGUUAAAGUUCGGCAAAACGGCAGCUAACUGCAGAAUAAGUUAAGCACAGAGAGAAUCUUUUAUAUAUA